UUCCUAAAAAGUCAAACAUAUAUAAAUAAAAAAUGGCAAAACUCUACAGAAUAAGCUCUACACUAAUGGCUGCCCUUUUUCUUGUUUCUGCAUCAGUUCAAUUUAAUGAUCCAGAAUGGUAUUUCUGGAUUCCUCUGUAUUCUUGUGGUGCUUAUGUUAACCUGAUGAGCAGCUUAGCAACUGUUUCAUUAAAAAGAAGUAAAUCAACAGGUAAACUAACACUUUGGCUAGGGAUAUUCUUGCUUACUAAGGUUCUUUUGGAAGACUACUUUGGUGACAUGAUUGGGAUUUGGUCUCUUGAUAUGAGACAUAGAUUGGUUAGAGAAAAGAUUGGAAGUGGGUUAGUCACUUCUUCUAUGAUUUUGCAAUUAUCGUCAGAGAUGGAUCCUAGAAAGAAUAUGGAACUCGGAUCAUACAUCGAAUGUGGUAAUGUUUUUGGCCAAGCACAUGUUCUCUGAAGUUGAUAUUUUGGAUAGAAUACAUCCGUUGUAUAUAAGUUUUUGUUGGGGUCGAUUAGUUAACUGGGUGAUGUUAUUGUAGGGAUGGCAAUUUUGGUGGGGAUUAGCUAUGGCCUCUCCCUUGUCUUUCUACUGCAUCAUGAAAAAGAGAUGAUGUUUUGAAUCUUCUAAUCUAUCCAGCUGUUGAAGAUAAUGUCCCAAAUUUUGCUACAAAAUGUUCUAUUUUCAUGUCUAAUUUCAAUAAAUAGAUAAUAAUGUUCUUGUGAAUGUAUGUAUAGUGGAAUCAUGUUGUUUGAGAUACAGAAUUUGCUCAAAAUACUUGGAAAAAAUGCACCUUUGAUGUAGUU